CCCAUAUGACGCUCAAUGAUGACGUCAUUCACGUUCAUCCGUGUUCAUAAACACCCGCCGACCCUCAAGCAUCCGGCACUCCAAAUCGAUUCUCCAAAACCGAAAAACGAAACAAAAACACAGUCAAACACCACCUAACACGCCUCAAAAAAACCAAUCUAAGCCACAAAAAUGUCCCCCAACCAGAACAACCAAAACGCAAACGCACCAGGCCUCGUUGCCGGCCACGCCCAAUACGUCAAAGCCGUCGCUGAGGAGACCAUCGGCAACGUAACCGGCAGCCACGCCUGGAAGUCCUCAGGCAUGCAGGACAAAGAGCAAGCCGUCGACGCGAUGAAGACGGCGGGCGAGAGCAGGGACGCGAGUAAGGGGUUUGGCGGCGUGGAGGAGAAGGCGGGGAAUUUGGUCGGGUGUGAGGGCAUGCAGAAGGAGGGGGCGGAGUCGAAGAAGCAGUAGGUGGAUGCGUAAAUCUAUGGGCUUUGCAUAUCCGUUAGACACAGAGUAUAUUGAUUCAUGAGAUAUACGUAGGAAGUCUUAGGCUGGGUUGGUACAAAGUUAUGCGUUUAGCCGCGUUCUAAGUGUAGACCACUUAUCCGCUAUGAAACUUGCCCGAUUGGGCAAACUUUAA